UGCUCUAGUUAUAUAGUGACUCUAGUGUUUAUUUAGGAACAAUGCUGUACCCCGCAGAGGAUACCGUGCGUAUUCUGCCCUCGUGCAGCAUGCUCCUGGCACUGUCCCAAAGGGACAGAUGGACUUUUGACUUUUUUGUUGUUGAUUGCUCCUUGAGCACUGAGCAACCCUGUCUUCCAAUGUGCCACUUGGUCCUCAGUGCAAUGGGUCACGGGCGAUUGGCUCGUCGCCACCCUUGCAUCCAUUUUGACCGAAGCGAAGUGUUUACUUUUUUCUUCGUGCCUUGCAUGCUGUUUGCGCUGCUUGGACAUGAAGCUCUACGGUCGGAGUUGGAGGCUUGUUGAUAAAA